CAGCUCAAAACAAUAAUAAUGAAAUAAAUGUUUUGAUUUCCUCAAACCAAUUCCAAAGUUAUGAAUAUGUUGUGAAAGCAUCAAACGCAUUAUUUUUUAUAUGGUUCUUCAUUUUCUAGGUACAUUUCAUCUCUGAACGUUCAAAGCGUAGUGAUUCAAUUUUUGCUGCUUUCCUGUUUUGAUUAUACAGCAAUGAUGUGUGGAAAUUCCUAUGAUGUCAAUUUUAAUUGUUCAGCUCAAUCAUCUUGGUGCUGUUUGUGCAAUUACGUUCAAAUCGUUCUCGUGUAGGCAGUGUAGUAGUCGGCCUUUGUAUUUAAGCACAAUUGUUUAUGUUUAAUAAAUUAGUUUAAUAUAAAAAUGCGACUACUACUGGGAAUGUUAUGUUUUAUCUGUUUUGUGUUCACAUAUUGCAGUGCUUAUGCACGUUUGUUUAGGAACGCAACGCAUCCAGACUAUCCCAACCAAUGCUUCGAUCCAAUAACUGAGACUCAUCUGAAAGUUGGAACAAUAGAGAACAAUGAAAAGUGUGAACGUAUAUCAUGUUCACAAGAUUAUACGAUGUCUAUCUUUGGAUGUGGGGUGGUCGCAAUUCUGCCAGGAUGCCAGUCGAUACCGACCGAUUAUGAAAAACCAUACCCGGAUUGCUGUGCUAAAGCCGAUUGCUCAAACCUACUGUUAAAUAAUCACACUUCAUCAUCAUAGGAAUUGCUUACUGAACUUAAUUGUUUACUACAAUAUUACGCAAACGAAAUUGGGUUUUGUUAAUAUUCUCCUUCACCCAAAUACUUGCUGCUGCACAGGUGUCGUGAUAUAGUUUUCCUGGCUCUGAUUUAGUAAUAAAUUAAGAGUACAUCGGAUUUAGAGUUAAUAGUUGAAAAUAUUUAGCUUAAGCAGGUCAGCUAGUGUGUCCGAUAAAAAAAUCGCUUUCUUAUUUUUUCAUAAAUCACGUUUAAAAUAUGUAUAGAAGAUGUAGGCGAAAAAAAAAAUUUGAAAUUUAAAGUGAACUGAAAAACUAUUUUUUUAAAUGAUUUGUUCUAGUUUUGUUAAGACGUAGAGCCGUGUUGAGCUAGUUUUAAAUUUGAUCAGUAUCUAACAGUAUGCAACUAUUAAUGAAAACCGCGAAAAUGUCAAGGAAUUGGAUGUGUUUCCAUAGAUACAGGGCUAUAAUUGAACACUGUGAUGGCCAAGUAAAGCGAAGCGUGCUUGGUUUUUCUAAUCAUUUGGACUGUUGUCUUUCAUAUGCAGGGUAGUUUAAUUGGCAAAUCAAUUUCCCUGGUUAGGAGUUAGCUACGGGUUCGAGUCCCGUUUCUGGAUAACAUUCUCGCGGUUUUCAUUACAUAGUUGCAUUCGCAAGUAAUUUUUUGAUUUUUUUUGUUUGAUACUUUUCAAAACAAUCAUUUUCCUCAAUUUUGUUCUUUAUUUUUGUUCAAAACAUAGUACCAAGUACCACGAAUAAAAUGGUUUUCCUUUUUUUUUUAAAUUGCCGAUAAACAGAACAGUCCCAGUAAUGGCAUAGCAAAAUGGUCUUUAAAAAUCGUCGUCACACUAGCUCUUAAUACUUUACGAAAAAAUGGAAUAAAAAUAGAAAGUUGGAAA